ACCAACAUUCAUUCAAAACUAGCGAAAAUAUGUGUGACGUUGUUCUUGGUGCCCAAUGGGGUGAUGAAGGUAAAGGUAAAUUAGUCGAUUUAUUAUGUGACGAUAUCGAUGUCUGUGCCAGAUGUCAAGGUGGUAACAAUGCUGGUCAUACCAUUGUUGUUGGCAAGACCAAGUAUGAUUUCCAUAUGUUACCCUCCGGGUUAGUCAAUCCUAAGUGUCAAAACGUUGUUGGGUCCGGUGUUGUCGUCCAUGUCCCUUCCUUUUUCCAAGAAUUGGAAAACUUGGAAGCUAAAGGGUUGGACUGUCGUGACCGUCUUUUCGUUUCCAGUAGAGCUCAUUUAGUGUUCAACUUCCAUCAACGUACUGAUAAGUUGAAGGAAGCUGAAUUGUCCGUCAAUAAGAAGUCAAUUGGUACUACUGGUAAGGGUAUUGGUCCAACAUACUCCACCAAGGCCUCUCGUUCCGGUCUUAGAGUCCACCACUUGGUAAACCCAGCACCUGAAGCUUGGGAAGAAUUCAAAACUAAAUAUUAUAGAUUGGUUGACUCCCGAAAAAAGAGGUACGGAGAAUUUGAAUAUGAUCCUGAAGAAGAAUUGGCACAAUAUGCCAAGUACAGAGAACAAUUACGUCCAUUUGUUGUUGAUUCUGUUGUUUUCAUGCACAAGGCUAUUCAACAAAAGAAGAAGAUUCUUGUUGAAGGUGCCAAUGCUUUGAUGUUGGAUAUCGACUUCGGUACUUAUCCUUAUGUUACUUCUUCAUCCACCGGUAUUGGUGGUGUUUUAACCGGGUUAGGUGUUCCACCACACAACAUCAACAAGGUCUAUGGUGUUGUCAAGGCUUAUACCACCAGAGUUGGUGAAGGUCCAUUCCCAACUGAACAAUUGAAUGAAGUUGGUGAAAAAUUACAAGAUAUCGGAGCUGAAUAUGGUGUAACCACCGGUAGAAAGAGAAGAUGUGGUUGGUUAGAUUUAGUCGUUUUGAAAUACUCCAACAUGAUUAAUGGAUACACCUCUUUAAACAUCACCAAAUUGGAUGUUUUGGAUACUUUCAAAACCAUCGAUGUUGGUGUUGCUUAUAAAUUAGACGGCAAGGUCUUGGAAGGAUUCCCAGAAGAUUUGCUCGAAUUAGCCAGAGUUGAAGUUGAAUACAAGACAUUCCCAGGUUGGGAAACUGACAUUACCCAAAUCAAGAAGUAUGAGGAUUUGCCAGAAAACGCCAAGAAGUAUCUUGCAUUUAUUGAAGAAUAUUUGGAAACCCCAAUCCAAUGGGUUGGUACAGGUCCAGCCAGAGAUUCUAUGUUGGAAAAGGAAUUGUAGUAGUGUUAUCAAGCAUUUUAAGUUAGGUUGAUUUAGUUUUUUUUUUAUACUUGUAUAGCAUAAUUAAUGUGCUUCAGAAUAUACUUGGGGAUCGUGCCAUGAUGCCUGGGUGACGUGAUUCCGGAGCUAGAAGUCACGU